ACUUCACUUGCAUACUUCAUCAAAUUAAAGAAUCAUACACAACUUUCUUUGAUAAAGCUUUGUGCAACUUUCUUACUUGCUUGUUCAAUUUUUUGAAGUUGGUUACUUGAUUUUUCAAAGUUAGAUACAAAGUUUGUUGACUAUAAUGGCAAUGUCUAUGCAAGUGCAAGCCCUUCUAUCCAACCCCGUUGGCGCUUUUGCUAAUGGGUCUUCCAAAAUUUCUCCUCUAGGGUUUAACCCUCGGAUGGGAAAGCGAGUUAAUUUUGGGGUGAAGUGUAUGGCCGAGGAGAAGGCUGAGGGUCAACCAAAGGUUGACUCCGGUUUGCCCAAGUCAGACCCUAGCGUAUCAUCACCCACCCCGACCCCACCCCCUAGGCCUCAGCCUAAAAGGGUAAGCACAGACUUCACAGACGUAUUCGCCUUCAGCGGCCCUGCACCAGAAAGGAUCAAUGGACGUCUAGCCAUGAUCGGUUUCGUGGCCGCAGUAGCCGUAGAAUUAUCACAAGGCACAGACUUGUUUUCUCAGAUAUCCGACGGUGGAGCACAAUGGUUCCUAGGAACCAGCAUUCUAUUAUCAGUAGCGUCACUGGUGCCGUUGUUCAAAGGUGAGCGAGCAGAAGCAAAGACAAGUGGGUUUAUGAACGCAAACGCCGAGCUAUGGAAUGGUAGGAUUGCUAUGUUAGGUCUUGUUGCCUUGGCUUUCACUGAGUUUGUUAAAGGUGGAGCACUUGUUUGAGGAAACUCAGCAUUUUUGAGUGUAAUAGUUUGAAAAAAUUUAUAAUUUUAUCAAAGUUUUGUACAUAUGAAGUUAAUUAUUAUGGGAUGUUUACAGUUUAGGGAGCUGAUUAGGUUAUUGUGAAAUGUAAUGUACUCCUAUGAUGAUAAUUAUCUAUGUUAUCAAAAAUUAAUAGCAAUCGAAGAUUCAAAGUAACUAUUGUUUACUAAA